AUGGAAAAAAUUCGUGAACAGCUUUCUCAAGCUAGACUUGAACUAAGCGAUAAGCAAACUGAAGAUAAAGGUAUCAAUAAGGAGCAGAAUAAACCUGGUGGUAUACAUUGUAAAAUGAAUGAGUUGGAUGAUGUACUACUCAAAGAUGUUGGCAAUCGUAUAAGUUCAUCUAAUAAGCUAAGAAUUUCUCUUCUUGGUGCUUUACGCUAUGGUAAGCCAUUUGUAUUGGACUUGAUGGAAGUUGACGGUAUGUUUGACACCGUCUGUCGAGACAGAUUCAAUGCCAUCAAACCAUCAUUGUUGGAUGAUAUAAUUAAAAAGAAAAUACUACAUGCUAAUGUAUAUGAAUAUUUAAUCAAAGAAAUGGAUCCAGAAGAAUUCUUGAAAAAAUACUUUAUUCCUUAG